AGCUUGUUUUCAGCACAAGUAUACCAGUGCCCAACAUUUCAUGGCAGAGGAAUGGCUCCAAUAAAUAUCGCUCUAGUCAUCAUUCUCCUAUGUUUGUUUCAAAAUUCAAUCGUGGAAACUAAAAACGUGUGCACGAAAUGGUGGAAGAACGACGCGUUUGCCAACCAUAAUUGCUACGCUUGGUGCGCAGACAAGUAUGGUCGGCCGACCCCAAGGGGAAAAUUGCCCAACGGGAUGGGAUUACUCAUCAUUCAGCCUCCGUUCGCGAAAGGCCGCUGUGUCUCCAAAAAAUGUGUCUGUUACGUCAACACUCCGUACAGGAAACUCCUAUCGAAGAAGGACAAAGCUAGGGCCUGGUGUAUUUUUCACAGACUUUGCAAAAAGGUCUUCAAGAAACUUGAAAACAAAUUUGCGCACGAUCCGAAACUGAGCGUGCAUAACCAUUCAAUUCCAGGGUUCGUGGGGCGCUGACAAUACCUUGAAUGCACUUCCAUUUUCAUCUUCGACUUUCAAGUCCUUGAAUAUUCACAAAUUUCGGAAAACCUAUUGAAUCCACUCGAAAGUCCCCGGAUUAUUCUGCCGUGCUAAGAAAGAAUGUCGUAUGAGCCUUCAGCCGUUGCCAAAUUUCCUCCGAUAAAAUGCGAAUUUUCACGGAAACUGUUGGAUAUUUUUCAGGCAAUGUUUUAGACAAAUUUGCACACACUUUAGUCUAAAAUAUCUCAAAAUUUCAAGGAAAGCUAUGCACAACUUUCCUGAAAAAUGCAUUAUUUAUCCGGAGAAAAUUGGCAACUCUCGAAAGCACAUACGGCGGUCUUCCUUAGCACGGCAAUAUUGUCAUCGGAUGUUUCCGUUCUCGUCGUUUGGAAAACUGGUCUCUUACUUUAUUCAUUUUUCUCAGGUUCUCUUGCGUGUCCACGCACUUAAUAUUACAGGGGGCCGUUAUAAUAUAUGGAGGAAAUUUCAAUUUUUAAGGCAGUAUGCAGGGUCUUUAACAUUUUUUGCAAGAUUUUGAAAGUCUGAAAAUGUCAUUCAAGCCCCUUGAAACGUCUUUGACUAUAAUGAGUCUUGAAUACACAGUGCCACGUUAUGUUUUGGGAGGACUUUUGCCGCGAGAAAUGCCAAUUUUUUUCUGUUGGCCAAAAGCAAUAAAAGUAAUCGAAACCACAGAGAGAAAUGAAGGGGAGGAAAGCUUUGUACACGUGUGCCGCCUGUCCAUUGUCUAUCAUUGAAACUAUUUUUGUCAAAUUUUGAUAUUUUUCCAGCUCUGACAUUCGAGCAAGGACCCUUAAAAAAAUUAAAAUUAUCAGGAACUAUUUAUGCAUUUUGAUUUCGAUACUUUGAAAAUUUGAAGCCUUUGAACCGUAUCAAGAGCGUUGCAUCCACAUGUAAACGCGAUGUGAUGAUACUGACUAGUUUUAUUCCUUUCCCCCCGGAGACUCAGUUGUAGUGGGUUUUCCACCUUGAUCCUAAAGAAGAAAAAUUCUGAGAGCGGAUUCACCAUGAUUUUCUGGUGAAAAUUAAAGAAGAGACCGUAUUUUGUAACGUUAUAGUUGUUCAGACCGCGUCUCCAAACGACGUUAAACAUCAAUCUCAGUUGAGCAACUAUUCGAACGCCAGUGCGAGCACAUUGCAUAGACGUCGGAUUGAAGGAGCAUCAUUGGAACGGAUGUAACCGAAUUCACAAUCCAUGGAGCUCUCGAGACAGCGAUGCGCGUCAACAAUCACUGAAAACCCUGAAAUGUGUUUUAGUCAUGUAAACUAUUUUUUUUAAAAGCCUUAAAAUUUAAAAAAAUAAAUACUCUCGUUGCAGGUCAACAUAUAAACCAUA